GCCGCUCCCCUGUGAGGCUGCGGACCCAGAGCAGCGGCCGCAGGUCCAGGCGCCAUGGCUGCGGAGCGGACCCGGCCGCUGCGACGCUCUGGCGGCCCGAGCGCGCCUAGUUGGUGUGAGCCCGGCGCGAGGUCCCGGGCCCCGGGGCGCUCGCUCAGGUAAAUAUUUCCAUAACCUUAUGGAGAGAAAGGACUUUGAGACAUGGCUUGAUAACAUUUCUGUUACAUUUCUUUCUCUGACGGACUUGCAGAAAAAUGAAACUCUGGAUCACCUGAUUAGUCUGAGUGGGGCAGUCCAACUCAGGCAUCUCUCCAAUAGCCUGGAGACCCUCCUCAAGCGGGACUUCCUCAGACUCCUUCCCCUGGAGCUCAGUUUUUAUUUGCUAAAAUGGCUCGAUCCUCAGACUUUACUCACAUGCUGCCUAGUCUCUAAGCAGUGGAAUAAGGUGAUAAGUGCCUGUACAGAGGUGUGGCAGAUUGCGUGUAAAAAUUUGGGCUGGCAGAUAGAUGAUUCUGUUCAGGACGCGUUGCACUGGAAGAAGGUUUACUUGAAGGCUAUUUUGAGGAUGAAGCAACUGGAGGAUCAUGAAGCCUUUGAGACCUCAUCAUUAAUUGGACAUAGUGCCAGAGUGUAUGCACUUUACUACAAAGAUGGACUUCUCUGUACAGGGUCAGAUGACUUGUCUGCAAAGCUGUGGGAUGUAAACACAGGGCAGUGUGUUUAUGGCAUCCAGACCCACACUUGUGCAGCUGUGAAGUUCGAUGAACAGAAACUUGUGACAGGCUCCUUUGACAACACCGUGGCCUGCUGGGAAUGGAGUUCCGGAGCCAGGACCCAGCACUUCCGGGGGCACACAGGGGCUGUGUUCAGUGUGGACUACAGUGAUGAACUGGAUAUUUUGGUGAGUGGCUCUGCGGACUUCGCUGUGAAAGUAUGGGCUUUAUCUGCUGGGACAUGCCUGAACACACUCACUGGGCAUACUGAAUGGGUCACCAAGGUGGUUUUGCAGAAGUGCAAAGUCAAGUCUCUCUUGCACAGCCCUGGAGACUACAUCCUCUUAAGUGCGGACAAAUAUGAGAUCAAGGUAAGUCUUCUCCCUCCAUAAUUUAUCUCAUAUAAAAACUACAGAGGUGGGGCU